AUGAACCAUCAAACUCCGGAAAUCAGGCCCUCCACCGCAACUGCCAAUAAAACCAAGCCCAAACAAGGAAAAGACAAGGACUGCUCGUGCAAAGAACCCCACUUGUGGAGCUUUGAGCAGAAGAAAAAGCUCCUUGAACUCCUCCUGGAUUACUCAAGGCGUGGUCGCGCUACCAACAAUGCCAAUUUGAAGAAGGAUGCUUGGGCUCUAGCCGCCACCAAUAUGAAUGAUGCCUUUGAUAUCGGUCUUGACGUCCAGCAACUUCAAAACCAGAAGGCCGCUCUGAGGAAAUCUUACCAAGACUUCAAAUUCCUCCGGAACCAAUCAGGUUUUGGUUGGGACAAAGAGUUAUCAACUCCAACAGUGGAUCCAAAGGCUUGGGACAAGUUGAUUGUGGCACACCCAAGGUGUUCCUUGGGACAGUUGCCUCCAACAAGACGGCAAGCACCGGUGUUGCAGGAUCACAAGAGGAACUCACCUUGUCAUCUAUGCUCAUCCUUGGCUAAUUUGAAGCACAAACUUGCCUUGGAAGCCAAUGAUGAUGAUGACAUUGGGGAGGGCAUUCAACUGUCCUCCAGCCAUCCUGCCUACAAACACUGCCGUGAAGGAAAGAACACCGUACUGAGUACCGGCAUCCAGGGUCUGAUUUUGGCCAUCAACAAGGCUUUGGAGGGAUCCAAAGACCUGGUGGGAGCAAUGGUGUUCAUUGCUUCACAAACCAGUCUUCCAUCCCAAAUGAUCACCACCCUUUUUCAAGCCCAUCACAGCAUUCAUACGCCUCAUGUCCCUCAAAGCCCUUCCAAAUGUGCACUUGAGAAACUUCAGGAUAUAUUUGGCAACAAUAUCUCAGAUGACAAUUAUGUCGACUAUGUUUGCAUUGUUGAAGACAAUAUGAAGGCACACACCUUCCUCAAGUUGGCUCAAACAACCUCAUUGGAAUAA